AAAUCGUGUCCAUGCCUCUUUAAUGGUCGUGAACCAAAAUAAAAAAAAUAGUACUUAAAAAAAUAUCGCAUUCUUGAAUCACUUUAAUUAUGAUAGCAACAAUGCCUCGUGAUAAAGUAUUUCCUUCCGGGUCGCCUUAGCUUACAAAUCACCUCACUAUUAAUUUAGAGCGGAUACUCUGCUGAAAAUGAAAGGAAACAUGACCGAUAGUUACGAUUUUCCAAUAUGUUAUAGAAACGACACGUCCACGUCCUGGGUGCCGGCAGGAAUGGAAUAUUUAUUUGGGGUAAUUGGAAAUGUCACCGCGCUCAUCCUUUUGUGGAUCAGCCGCCAUGAUCACCGCUGGGUUUCCUUCUACAAGCUAUUCACCGGACUGGCCAUCACAGACUUCAUGGGAAUUUUUCUCGCUUACCCAUUUGUGAUGACGAGGUACGCGUCGGACUUCACGUGGUGCUACCCGAAGCCCCUGUGUAAAUUUAGUUCUUUCGUGUUUGUCGAUGCUCAUUUGUCUGCUGCUUUACUCAUCUGUGCCAUGUCUGUUGACCGAUUCCUGCAUCUGAGGUCUGAUGCUAGGUAUAUAGCCCCAAGCAGGAACUACACCCUCAUUGUGCUCGGGAUAUGGAUAACUGCCAGUUUGAUAUCCUUAUUGCACCUAAUUGGUGUUGGACAAAGCAAUCUAUAUUUCCCUGGAUCGUGGUGUUAUUUUGAUUUUAUAGAAAACACUACCGGAAACCGCAUUAUGUCCUACUUGUAUUCUAUAAUUGGUUUUAUUAUUAUCCUUAUUACUAUAACCAUGAACGUCAUGACUAUUUUUCGAAUCUGCAGAGAUCCAGAAUUAAGAGUGAAUUUGAUGGACUCCAGUCGCGUUUCCGGAUUCUAUGAUUCUCAUGUCAUGAUAUUUAUAACCGCGGUUACUGUCGUAUUUGUAAUAUUAUGGACGCCGCUUGUUGUGGACAUAUUUUUGCACGCUACCAACAUCAGAACACAGCAGGAUAACAAUGCGAUAGAGUUAUGGCUUCUUCGAAUGGCUGUCUGCAAUGCUAUCGUGCUCAGAAGGGAGUCCCUGCGCAGAAUGAUUUUGUUUUAUCGCAACUGUAGAGGAAUUACGGGACCUUUAACCAUGGGACAACGCGAAGUUGACGAAACGGACGCAUUGCUCCCAUGACUAAUCAUAAUAAAGUAUUGAUUUCACUGUUAUUUUGUAAGCUAUGGUUAGAGUCAACGAUGUGGAUAAAGAUAUAUGUGAUCAUGAACUGGAAAUAUAUUUUUCUUCAUAUGACAAUAUUUACAUUAACAGUUAUGGGGUUUGUU